AUGGCGGCAGAAAUGCGCGCAAUGCUGGACCAGCUCAUGGGCGCCGAGCGGGACGUCCCUUUAGACGAAAGAGUGAACAGGAAGAAGUUGUUUACGGACGAAGACGUGGACAAAUACUUCCUCUGCGGCUUCGACGUGACGAUGUUUAAAAACACAAAAUCUGCGGACGAAAUCGCCCGAGCCUUGCGUGUGCCGGUGCAACAAGCGAGCAAACAAGAGCAUCCGUGCGGCGUGCAGUCGAUGGAGUUACGCGCAGAAUUUCAAGUUCUCACCGAUCGAGAGCGAAGUAAAUAUAACUACGAGAAAGAGACGAAGAAAAUUUUGGACCGGCUGGUGUCCGAUUGCGAUCGACGGAUUCGAAUUGCCACGGAACGCGUGGAGAUGGAACGCGCGGAACGGGCGCGAGUGUACGGGAUGGUACCGGUGCACGAUAAACAAGCGUUGGCGCAAUUGGCCGAUCAGACGCAGUGCAUGCAAAAGAAAAUCGAACAGUUGGGGAUUAUUGGAGACGUGGAUGGUGCGGAGAAAGCGAUGAAGGAGCUGGAUGAGAUUGCCGAAAGGAGGAAAAAGUUAGAGGAAGUCGUGGAGAAAGAAUGCGAGAGACGCGUGGAGACGAUGAAGCGGUUGAUCGUGUGCCCGCUGAGCGGGGUGUUUUUGAACACUCACGAUAACGAGCAACGGGUGAGAGAUCACCAGAUGGGAAAGCAGUAUUUAGGAUGGAAGAGGAUCAGAGAGUUGAAGGAACGUUUGGCGGAUAUUUUGAGGAAACGCGCGGAAGGGAAAGGAGAGGAGAACGAUCGGGUGUAUUCGAAGCCUCUCGGGAAGCGAGAAGACGAAGAGGAGGAAGAAGAAGAGGAUAGAGCAGGAGCGGAAGCGGAAACGGAAAUGAAACCGCCGAGCGAAGAAAAGUACAGGAAAGUAGCAGUAGAAGAAAAAGAAGCAUCUAAAGUAAAGGAUGAGGAGAAGAAGACGGAGAAGAAGAAAGAAGCGCUGGUCGUCGUGAAGCGACGCAAGAUAGAAAAGGAAGCCGACCAAAAACCCGAGGCGCCGGACGAGAAGAACAUUCUGAGCGACGUGCCUCCUCCUCCAUCUUCGAGAGCAUUCGACGGCACUCCAGCCGCGGGAACGACGACUACAACGACGACUACCACGACAAACAACACGACGAUGACGCACGUAUCCGAAGAGGAAAAAGUAGACGAUAACACUAUAAAAAAGAAAGACGACUACAACACAGCAGACGCCGCUCACGCUCUCGCUCGAGCGAAGACCGCCGAGAAAGAGACUCCUCGGAUCGUAAUAAAUCGAGCCGCCGUAGAAGACAAAGUCGCAGUCGCAGUCGCAGCCGCAGCCGGGAAAGAGACCGUGGCCACUCUCAUCGACGCCGCCGAGACUUUAGUCGCAGUCGAAGUUACAGUCCUUCGAAACGAAGACGCAAUAAUACCGACAGAAGAAAGUACGAUUACGACGAUUACGACGAUCGUAAUACUAAAAGUCGCCGGGGCCAGUACCACCACCACCGCCGCGGUUCUUCCAGGUCGCCCGAGCCGCCGCGAAAUAGGAGAGACCACGGUGGUCAUCGGAGAACGACGAGAGACCGAUCUCGAUCUCGCUCGCCAAGACGAAGGUAAUAAUAAAAUGCUGUUGGAUUUCAUCUGUUUUAAUGGUGCAUCGUCAUCCUCGCGUCUGUCUGUGAAACGUUUUUCAUCUCAAUACACUUCUGCAUAA